AAUGAAGAUCACAAUAUUAAGGAUUGCGUGUUGAGUAAAUUUUAUUAAUUUCCAUGCAUCAAUUAUUAGAAAACAAGAAUUGAUUCUUUAGUGCCAACAAAUAAUUUUAUUUAUACCCGGAACAAGGGCAAGUUUAAAAUGCGAGCCAAAAAUUAUUAACCGUGCAGGUUAAUGCUUGCGUCACUGAAUAUUUGUGUUCAUGGCAAUUACGUUUAUACUGACUAAAUGUAAAAUUAUAGUGAGAUGAAGUAUGUCGAUGAACUGUAUCUUUGGUUUUUCCCUAUUCCUGCUGUUACUGGUGGCUCUCAACAUAUAUUUUUUCUACAUCCUUAGCACUGAACACAAGCCUGCUACUUUCAAAUUGCCUAUAGUUAAAUCAGACCCUAUUCCACCAGUUAUAAGAGAAAUAAAUGACUUCCUGAACCGUUUACCUAGUCAAUAUCAUAACAAAAAUUCCAAAUUCCUACCGGUACAAAAAAGUUUAAUCAGUUCAUUUAAUUCUUCUGGAACUAACUCAAAAAGUGUUUGGCAAACUGUUGAAAAUUGGGCAGAUGAGGAGUCCUUGUUCCCAUACAAGGAUGGCGCAGCUGGUGAGAUACUGCAAGCCAUGCGCUCCUCACAGAUAGCACUCGCAGAUAAUGCUCCAAAGGGGACGCAACUAAAGCUCUUACUUCUGCUGCAGGGAAAACAAAAGCUGUAUUUCAAACCAAAGAGGUAUAAUAUAAGUGAUGUUAUAAGAGGCAAUAUUUACGCAGGGUAUGACCGCCACAACUCCGAGGUGUUCACAUAUUACCUAGCUAUGGUUUUAAACUAUAAAUGGGUGGCUCCGUCUGUCAUAAGAAGGAUUCAUUUCAAUCAAGAUAUUUUAGCUCAUGCUACUGCCGGAUUGAAAAGGACUAUGGUAAAAAAUGAUAAAGGAUUGGUGUGUAUUUAUGGCAAAUGUUAUUACUGCAAAGUAAAUGAGACUGUAUGCCCAGACAAUAAGGGAGAAAUUCAAGGAGCGGCCAUAUUGUACUUAGAUAAACAGUUUAAAGUGAACAAAUCACCAUGGAGGCGAUCAUAUAAUAGCAUGAAAAUGGAAUGGGAAAAUGAUUUUGACUUUUGUAAAAAAGUGUCAAUGUUGCUUAGCACAAAACGAAUACUCAAUUUAAUUGACAUAUCUAUAAUUGAUUUUCUCAUACAAAAUGGAGAUAGACAUCGGUACGAGGUGUACAAAAAUAAAAUUAUCUUGUUGGAUAAUGGAAAAGGGCUAGGCAAUCCUAUGCUAGAUGAAAUCGACAUUUUAGCUCCUCUCUAUCAGUGUUGCAUGAUAUCAUCCUCAACCUGGCAAAAUUUGGAACUUGUAUCUGGCGGGAGUUUAACAGAGACAAUAAAAUUGCUAGCUUCGUUUCAAGGAGAAAAGCUUACUACUGAUGAUCACUACAGAGCUGUAGAACGAAGACUGUUGAAAGUUUACGCUACUGUGAAGUAUUGCGUAGCUAAACAUGGCAGUGCCAAAGUCUUUAAAAAUAUAGAUGGAAUAUGAAAA